AUGGUAGCUCACACUCUACCUUCGCCCCCCGCGGAGGAAAAGCCCACCAUGUUAUCCAGAAAGGGCACCGGCUCAAGUACAAAGUCCGUUAAGCCCGCCCACCGAACAUCAAAGCGUGCCGGCUCUGGCGCCGCCGCUGUGCACCACCACGAGCAAGUCACACACACGGGCAUGGAUGGGAGGCAUAAGCGUGUUUGGAAGGCCUGCGAGAGAUGUAGAAUGAAGAAGACAAAGUGCGAUGGUGAAUUCCCGUGUAAGAGGUGUAAGGACGAUGGCCUCGUCUGCACCGCCGGCGUCCGCAAGAAGAUGGAGUACAAGCAGCUACCUCGAGGAUACGCCGAGGUUCUCGAGAACACUCAGUUCGCUCUCAUUGCUACUGUUCACAAGCUGUACUCUAUGGUUAGGAAUGGCCAGACCUGGGAUCUUGGUGAACCCGACCUCAACGACCGCCACCAGCCCGUGAUCCACGACAUUGCACAGAAGCUGGGAUGCAUCCGACCGAAUAGCGACAUCGAUCUUCCCGUGCACUCAGUCUUCCCCGAGGACGAGGCCGGUAUGGCUGAGCUCGCCCGACAGCUGGAAGAGCAGCAGCACCACGACUCCGAAGCCCAGCACAAGGACACCAAGGAGACUGACUCGCCCAUGUACAAUCGCACCGACCGAGCUUCGUCUUCAGAACUCGACCACUCCGACAUCGAGCUCGACUACCGACGAGCAGCCUUUGGCAGCCACAACCCGAUGACCAUGUCUCCCCAGAGCUACGCCGGCAGCGCCGAUUUCGAGUUCAGCCGAUCUGCACCCCCCGAUCUCGACACCACUGCCCUGUUCGCCACACAGUCACCGAGCCUGUCGACGUUCCCCGACUGGACGAUCAAGGCCACCGUGCCCCCUGAGAUGACCAUGCAGUACUUUCAACAGACUGGCAUGUUCCAGGGCAUGAGCAUGAUGGGUCCUGGCCUCAAUGGAAACGACUUUGGAACCAUCAAGCCCCACGUCCUGUCUGCGGUGUCCAACCCCAACGUGAUGAUGGGCUUGAGCGAUCCCAUGAUCUACAGUGGCUACGACGAUGAGUCGAUGCGACUGUAA